AUUGAAUUUUGAGUUUAAUUCCGUCCGACCGUCGCGGAUUUCUACCGGCUUUGACAAACGGUGUUGCAAAUCUCAAUCGGAGUUGUGGUGAAGAUGUCGAAAGCGGAGCAGCCAGUUGUCGGAGUUCCUUCCUAUGUCGGGAUGAACCCGUACUAGGCCGGGAUGAUCCCUCCAAACGCCGUCUACGGCGAUCCAAAGGGGAUUCCGCUUCAACAGACCAUGUACCGGGACACCCCUGCUCCGUUCAAUUGCCCUUACUGUGGCGAGUCUGGACUCACUGACGUCAGUUAAUGGUUAGUAGUUACUAGUUAGGUUAAAAAUUGUUAGCAAUUGGGUCUUCCACCCCCUUGUUGAGGCGCGCAUGGUGGAGUUCUCCUUCCUGCUUAUUUGUGUACUCAGGUGGGUGAUGUUCUCUACUCAUUUCAUUUUAGAUAAAAGGGAUGGGGAAGGUCAUGAUUUGGCAUUGAAAAGACUUAAAUGCCCUUAGGUAAUAAAUCAAUGUAAAGAUUCAUUAGUAAGGGUAUUUGAUUAAUUUUACCGUCAAUUAUAACAUUUCAAAAGUGAGAACAUAUUGAUUUUUACUUUUAUCUCAAAUUUUGUGUCAAGCCAGUGGUUUUGUAGUCUGGAUUGUACAAUCGGAUGCUUUCAUUUGAUGGUUAGUUUUGUGUAGUUGACACGAACUCUGGAUUUAGUAAGUGGUUUCGUAGUCUGAAGUGUACAAUUGGGUUCUCCCAUUUAAUUGUUAGUUUUGUGCAGUUGACACGACUCCACGCUACACAAAACAUUUAUGGAGGAUAUAGUUUUCCAAGAUGAUUUCAAGAGAUCAAAACCUAGUCUGGCAGCAGUUGUGGGUUGCAUGAUGCCAUUCGGUCUUGGAAUCUGCUUUCUCUGCCCUUCAAUGGAUUGCCUAUGGCAUAAAUACCACUACUGCCCAAGCUGUCACCAAAAGGUUGCUGAAUUUGAGAAAUCAGAUCCAUGUGCGGUGGUUGAUGUGCCACAAUGGAAACAAGAUAGUUCGCCAUGCCUGCUUGAUGAGCCACAAUGGGAACAAGAUAAUUUCGCAAUGCUUGCUUGAUGGGUAAUUAAUAAACAAGUUUAGUCUAGUUUCGUCAUGUCUGCUUGGCUAAUAACUUGUAUGUUCUGUCAUACAUGUUUUUAUGAUGUAUACUUCCACAGUGUUCUGUAAUAGUUGAUGAGAUGAGUUUAUUUU